CCCAAGCAAGGCCCGGUACCACAGCCGGCGAACCCUUCAAAUGCGGCUUUGGAGAGGCUUUGGAUACCAUUAUGCCUCCUAAACGCGAUUUUAGGUCGAAAAAGUUUCAAUGUAGUUACUUUUAAAGGAGGAAAAGCUAUAGGAAAGUCGAAGUUUGGUGUUCCAGUUCGAUAUGCCGCCCAGCAAUCAAUUGAUACAACGCCUGUGGCCACCGGAUCUUCUCUAAACAUAUGCAGAGGUUUUUCUCCAGACCAAGAAGACCGAUGUGUGUCAUUCCUUUUUGCGAAGAAGAGGCGUGCGGCAGAUGCCUUAACUGCAGUCCAGGGCAAUUCCUAUGCGAAAACCAUAUCAAUUCAGUUAAUGCAGGAGGUAGAUCUCUGCACCACCGGGAAGUUUGGAAGGUAA